CUUUAGGGAGAAGCAUAAACCCUAGGAGUAGGAGGAGGUAAUGGACCCGAAAAGCGUGAAAUCGGAUUUGGUUCUGAUUUUAGACUUCGGUUCACAGUACACUCACCUCAUCACUCGCCGAAUCAGAAGCCUCUCAGUCUUCUCCCUUUGCAUUUCCGGCACUUCCUCUCUCAACUCCAUCACUGACCACAAACCCUCCGUCGUCAUUCUCUCCGGUGGGCCCCACUCCGUCCACACCCCCGAUUCCCCUUCCUUCCCCGACGGUUUCCUCGAAUGGGCCCAAUCCAACGGCGUCGUCGUCCUCGGCAUUUGCUACGGCCUCCAGCUCCUCGUCCAGCGUCUCGGCGGCGAUGUCCGUGUCGGCCACAAGCAAGAGUACGGUCGCAUGGAAAUUCACGUCGACAAGCCCUCCGCACUCUUCGGCUCUGACAACGUCGGCAAACGACAGGUCGUUUGGAUGAGUCACGGCGAUGAGGCCGUCACGCUUCCCCCUGGCUUCGACGUCGUCGCGCGAAGCCAGCAGGGCGCAGUCGCUGCCAUAGAAAAUCCUUCUUCCAAGUUCUAUGGCCUACAGUAUCAUCCUGAGGUGACACAUACCCCACAAGGAAUGGAAACGCUGCGGCAUUUUCUCUUUGAUGUUUGUGGGGUUGAACCGGGGUGGAACAUGGAGGAUGUGAUGGAGGAAGAACUGAAAGUGAUCAAAGAUACGGUGGGGCCUGAUGAGCUUGUCAUUUGUGCCUUGUCUGGAGGUGUGGAUUCCACAGUUGCUGCUACUCUAGUCCAUAAAGCCAUUGGGGAUAGGCUUCAUUGUAUCUUUGUCGACAAUGGCUUGCUUAGGUAUAAGGAGCAGGAACGUGUGAUGGAAACCUUUGAAAAGGAUCUUCAUCUGCCGGUUGUGUGUGUGGAUGCUGCUAAUCAAUUUCUUACAAAGCUUAAAGGUGUAACCGAUCCUGAGAUAAAGAGGAAAAUUAUUGGAAAAGAGUUUAUCUGCGUCUUUGAUGCUUUUGCUCAGAAGCUAGAGCAGAAACUGGGAAAGAAACCUUCUUAUUUGGUUCAAGGAACCUUGUAUCCUGAUGUGAUUGAAUCGUGCCCACCACCUGGAAGUGGUAGAACCCAUUCCCAUACCAUCAAGAGUCAUCAUAAUGUUGGAGGUCUUCCAAAGGACAUGAAAUUGAAACUUAUUGAACCACUUAAACUUCUAUUCAAGGAUGAGGUUCGUCAAUUAGGGAGGAUCUUGGACGUUCCAGGGGCUUUUCUAAAACGCCACCCAUUCCCCGGGCCUGGCCUUGCAGUGAGAGUUUUGGGUGAUGUGACUCAAGGAAAUGCCUUAGAUAUUCUCCGACAGGUUGAUGAGAUUUUCAUUCAGUCAAUCAAGGAUGCUGGGCUUUAUGAUUCAAUAUGGCAAGCCUUUGCAGUUUUUUUGCCAGUAAGAUCUGUUGGAGUUCAAGGUGAUCAAAGAACACACUCUCAUGUUGUUGCUCUCAGAGCUGUUACGAGUCAAGAUGGAAUGACUGCAGACUGGUACUACUUUGAGCACAAAUUCCUUGACGAUGUUGCGCGAAAGAUCUGUAAUGGUGUCCGUGGUGUAAACCGUGUUGUGCAAGACAUUACGUCCAAGCCGCCAUCAACAAUUGAAUGGGAAUAAUAUCACAUUUAAUGCUUUACUCUGCAAAAGUAAUGAGGUACUUCAAACUGUAUAUGGGUUAAGGUUCUUGCUGUUUAUUACUUGUUUGGGUAUCUUGUUCUUCCCUGCCUGUCUAGAUUGAUAUGGGAAUUGAUGAUGGGAUUGGUAUGAUUCUUGAGAUUGGAAUAGCUAGAGUUCAGAGGACCAUAAACAAAGUUAUUUCAUUGUAAUGAUUUUUUUACUCAUGAAUCAAUUUUAUUAAUGAAUUUUGUUC